GCCCUCGCGCGCAUUUUGGCUACUGUCAAAUGAUUUGUUUAUUUGUUAGGUUAGUUUUUAUUCUACGCGCUAAAAAAUGUUAUUGUUAUAAAAAAUACAGAUUUUUGACUAAUAUAGUUGAACAUGUCCUAUUCAGAAUGAUUAUUUAGUAUAAAUCUAUCAAACACCGACAUUCUAGUUACAAAAUUCGGUGGCCAUCGAGAUUACUGAAUCUUCGUCAAAAAGUACGCGAAUAUUUUGUGCCAAAUGGUUUUUGCAUAAUGUUAUCACACAAUGUAUGAAGAUGACAACAUAACUUGUACUCCCAAGAGAAGUGCUCUAAGCGAAGUAACGAAUUCAUCGAGCUAUGUGUCGCCAACAGCGAACUUGAAGCUGCUGACGAAUGUCGCGCUGCAGUACCCCACGCCGCCGCCCAGCGCCGCGCACCGGAAGGAAAAGUCGCUGCAAAUUUUAUGCGACAGGUUUCUCACCUUGUACCCAAUGCACGGCAAUGGCACAGUGGAAAUCCAACUGGACAUAACCGCCGCCCAGCUGGGCGUGGAAAAGCGCCGCAUGUAUGACAUCAUCAACAUUCUAGAAGCAAUGCAGUGUGCCGUGCACAAGCGGAAAAACACCUACUUGUGGCACGGAGCCAACAGGCUCAACUCCUUCCUGCGAAUGCUGAAGAAGCAAGGAGAUCACCUUCAGCUGUCCGAGGCUCUGCGGGGUCGCGCUCCUAAACCACCUCCACCCAAACAUAAGACUCUAGGUGUCUUGGCUCAAAGGUUCCUUAUGUUGUUCCUGGUCGAACCACCUAAUACAUUGAUCAACUUGGAAAUGGCUGUACGAGUGCUUAUAGACACUUCCAGCAAGAGCAAUGUGAUCCUAUCGCCAGAGCAGCUGGAGCGCCAACACAAGUCCAAGGUGCGGCGGCUCUAUGACAUUGCCAAUGUAUUCAUUUCUAUUGGUCUCAUUGAAAAGGUCACAGGGAAUCUUAUAUUGAAGAAACCAGUAUUUAGAUAUGUGGGACCUAUAAAACUGAAAAAGAAUAUAGUGAAAACCCCAGAUUUAAUUAUGGCAGCCCCAAUCACACCACUGACAGAGCCUAGUAGUCACACGAGGACGCCGGGUUGUCAUGUGACGGUGCGCCGUUUUAGAAGGAAGCUGGAAUUCACAACUCCGAUCUCAAACAAAGAAGUAAAACACGGACUGGCCACGCCGCCCCCCACCCCCCUGCACAAGUGGGACGAGAUCCUCCUUGUGGCCGACAUGGAACUGACUAGAAUUAACAAUGGAGACAUGUUGUGAUUUUACUUCACAUUACGUUCUUCACGAACCUAAUGCUUUUAGACAGUUUUUCAUUGUCAUAUUUAUUACAUAUUAUUUUUGUGAUAGCUAUAUUUUGUCUAGGUAAACUAUAUCUCGUCUUCCGGGGCUGUAUGAAAUAUUUUGAUUGUAUAAAAUAAUACUGGGAUUGUUCCUGUAUAUUUAAAUGUUAUAAAAUGUCGCUGAGAGCUGACAAUAAUGGAGUUAUAUACUGUCACAUAGUGCAAUUAUCAACUUGUUAACAUAAAAAGAGGUAUAAUAUUUUAUUCAUAUGUUAAGGUGUAUUUGACUGCUUGUUGUAAUGAAUUAUGAUAUUUUAUUGACCUGGAGAGCAUCUUUUAUAUAAAGUCUACAAUUAGCAUAAGGCGAAUAUGUACUUGACUAUUCACUAGACUGAACUAAAAUUUAAUAUGAUGUUAUCGCUUGCCCCAAACACAACAUUUGACUACUAGAUUUUAUUACAAUGAUGUAAUAACUUGAAAUGGAUUCUGUAAUUUUCACUAUUGAAAAUGUAUAGAGUCAUACUUUUUUUCUAUUUUGUUUUAAAUUAGUUUAUAAUAAUAAAGGACAUGAACUUUUAAAA